AUGUCUUGCUAUGAUAUUGAUGAAUACUAUCACUGCAUUGUGUGCCAUGGUGUGGUAUCCAGUAACGAGUUCAAUGAACACAUGAUUGUUCAUGGUUUGGACAGACACGUUACGUUCAGCAUAGGCUGCAAGCUUUACCCUCUUCCUCUGCCUAAUCGCUUCAAAAUUGUCAUUCCAAAGAUUGACAAUGGUCUAUUCCUCUGUCCUGGCAACCCUUGGCUUGACUGUGAUUUUCAGGGGAAUCCUAUGGAAGUAUAUUCCCAUAUGACUUCUGUUCAUGCUCAAGAAAUAAAGGGCACUCAAGCAUUUUCUGGAGCACGUCCUGAGCGAGACUGCAUGUCUUUUGCAUAUUGCGUACAAGUUCCUUUUCCUCUUUUCAUGUCCAACAUUAACAUUAUAUUUCUCAUCUUGUUUUCACAGCCACCAUAUCCAACAUACAGUCAAGCAAAAACUGACUCUGUUCAUAUUCUGGAACCACACAUUCACCUUGCUUCUCCUGCUCCCACAUACUGCUCUACCUCAGUGACUCCGGCACGUCCUCUAUGCACAUUCCCCACUAUCAAGAUUCCUGCCUGCCCCUCGAUUACACCCCCCCCAUUUUAUGACCCCGAUCUCAUGUAUGCUACUGGCAUUUGUGCAAACUACAACUCCACUGCUCUGCACAAGCUCCGUCCUGACCCCCUGAUUGCCUUCUCUGCCAUCCCCUCACGUGUGCUUGAAGAACACGGAGGCACACGAGGAAUCCUCAAGAAGCUUUGUUUUCUAUUACUUGAAGCAUCUCAAGGUUGCAUCUACCAUAAAGCCCUCAAUCUCCCAGACCAAUGCUGCGGUGAUGGGCAGCUGUACUCUUGCUCUGGUCCCAUGGGUCGUGGCAACAAUCACUUCUUUCUUAUUUUCCGCCGUGCUUUGCAGGCACCUGAUGAUCUUUGUCCUGACUGUUGGACCUCUGGGUCCCCAGAGUGGACCUUACACAAUUCAAGUCACUGUCGAUCCUCCUGGGAAGAUGUAAUGCAAGGUCUCCCUUAUAUUAUCUGGCGAAUUGAUAGUUACAGAAAGGCUGUAUUCUCAUCUCUGGAAGCUUGGCAGUUGACCCAACGUUUUACCAGCACAGUCGACUAUUGUUACUGGCUGAAACUCCCUGCUACCAACCCUCCCACACUCCUAUUGAAUCUACAUGUCCUCGUAUAUGCAUUCUUGCAGCUGAGGAGGCAAGAUAGCUUGCCUGAAGAAGGACUUGUAUUCAAUGGUCAGUAA